AUGGCGCUCCAACAACAUGAGCCUGCGCCCAUCGCGCCUCAGUCUUCAUUAUCCUUCACACAGGGUUUCUUGCUAGGGCAACUCUCUGUCGUAUUGCUCAUCGGCGCUUUCAUCAAAUUCUUCAUUUUCGGUGAAGCCCCGCCACCCCCAUCGCGCGGUCUAUCCAACCGCACCUCCCACCGCCGCUACAGUUCUGUCUACAACCCUCCACAAGAUACCCAGAAGACGCUCCGAGAAAAGCCGUCUACGUCAAAUGUCCUGCGUCCAGUUCCAGCCUCAUCCACUAAUACCCGUUCGAUCCUCCGCAAGACCUACUACAGCGCCAUCCCCACCAACCCUUCCUCCAAACAUGGGCGGCAUCGCAUGCACCAUUCGUCGCACCAGCCUGAAUCUCUGGACUGGUUCAAUGUCUUGAUUGCGCAGACUAUCGCACAAUACAGACAGACAGCGUAUAUCCUGAAGGACUCGCCCACCUCAUCAAUAUUGAGCUCCUUGACCGCGGCUAUGAACAACCCAGAGAAAAAGCCAUCUUUUAUAGACAAAAUUACAGUAACGGAUAUCUCACUUGGAGAGGAGUUCCCCAUUUUCAGCAACUGCCGCAUUAUCGCGGUUGAUGAUCCCAAUUCCGAUGGUGGGAGGCUACAGGCUCUCCUGGAUGUUGACCUGAGUGACGAUAAUCUCUCCAUCGCCGUUGAAACUCAAUUAGUUCUCAACUACCCCAAGCCUUGCUCUGCCAUUCUUCCGGUCGCUCUAUCAGUCUCUGUCGUGCGCUUCUCUGGGACGUUAUGUAUCUCCCUGAUUCCUGCAUCUACUGAGCCCCUUCAUACUCCGGCCACCUCCCCCACGCCUCCGGCUGCGGAAGCAGGCCCCUCCACAAUUCCAACAGCACCGGGUUCUCCUAAUGCCGGCGCUUCCCAGGAUCAAAUCCCACCCAAAAGCAGUCCAAAAAGCAAUGUCGCAUUUUCGUUCCUUCCGGAUUACCGGCUCGAUCUUUCUGUGCGGUCUCUCAUCGGAUCUCGCAGCAGACUGCAGGACGUUCCCAAAGUGGCCCAGCUCGUUGAAGCUCGUGUGCAUGCCUGGUUUGAGGAACGUGUUGUCGAGCCCCGCGUUCAGGUUGUCGGACUCCCAGAUCUCUGGCCACGCAUGGGCAGAACGGGCGUGCGCACAGGCGAGGACUCUGACGCAGGGUCUACAGCCCCCCGCGGAGUGCCGGCUCAACAGAAGCUGGAGGGCCGCUUCGAUUCUCUGACGACCAUCCCCGAGAGCCAGAGGGGCUACGAUUUCGCGGCGGGGGCUUGGAUCCUCGAUUAG